GCCCCGGGCCGCGGAAAGCCUCGCGUCCUAUUGGCUGCAGGAGGAAGGACGGCGCGGGGCGGAGCGCUGAUUGGCCGCCGGGCGAGGCUGCGGCCCGCCCCUCGGUGGGCGCGUGACGCCAGGUGGACUGGGGCUCGUGCCCCGGCCGGCGCUGAGGUGGCUUCGGCAAAGGAGGGGGGGAGGUCCUGUGGUGCUGUGUCUGUGUUGCAAGGUGUGGGUUUGUCGCGUGACAAACACGGAGAUGAGCAAAAGCUCCGCAGAGCCUGCAAGAGGAACGCGGGAGCACGAGGCUGCUCCUCUCCGAGCAGGGGCUCCCGCUGAGGGGCUGCCGCCUGGGGCCGGGGUGCUGGCGGCAGCGGAGAGCAGCGCCUGGUGCGCCGACAGCCGCCUGCGGAGGGGCAGCCCUGCUCAGCACCGGCGGGCUGGCUCUCAGCUAAAGGCACAGCGGUACAGGUGGCUCAGGACAGCUUUCUUUCUCCUGUACUCUGCGGAGCUUUACUGCGUUGCCCUCAGAGGCUGGGGACAAGAUCCUUCCUUUUGUGAUCCAUCAGCACCUAAAGCAUUUCAGAAAGGAGAUCAGUGGAAGAGCUUUAGAGUUCUGAGGAAUUUUUGUGAGACCACCUUUCUGAUUUUCUGGAGUGUGCAUAUUUCUCUUCAAGAGAAUCCAGCUGUCACAAAGGUCCGUAUGCAAGGCAAGCAGCCACCUUCAGGUCUGAUCGUUCUAUUUUCCACACGUCAGUCGAGCUUGCCAUGGCUGUUUUUGCUGUGCCUCAUCUACUCUGAACAUGCACAUCGUUUUGGAUGAAGAGAACUCAGAAGCUAUGGCAGACAGAAGUAUGAAAAAAAAAUAAUAUGUGGUUUGAUAAGCAGCUGUCAUUUCAUUUUAAUUUUCUACCUAGUUGCCCGAUCUCAUUUCCCUAUAUUUUCUCCUCUGAACUGAUCUCAUUUCCCUAUAUUUUCUCCCCCUAAACAGCAUGUAAUCCCUCCCCUCUUGCAGCCUGGAGGCUGAGUGCAGAACACCUGUGCAAACAGAGCUAAGGCAGUGAGCACAAACCACUGCUCCCUUCUCUUUGGGCAGUGAGUGGCUGUACAGUGGAAAGCAGAUCUCUGUCUGGCAUUACUUUAAGUUAUCAUGAUAUGCAGUUGACAGUAUUUUGAGUGUAAGCUUGAGGAAAUGCAUUAUAAAAGAGGCAACUGCUAAGGUACAGGCAUGCCACCAAGAACAACAGGAAAAAUACAACUAUAAUCUCAGAAAAUCACAUCAUCUAAUAUACAAGAGGGAGGCAGGUAAAUCUUUUUUCACAAACUGGGACAUAAUUAUGGUGUGUUAUCAAAUUAAAACAACUCUACUGAAUCAGUGAUCUUAUUCUAACAGGAAAAUUGAGUAACCAGUGCUGAGUGCCUGCAGAUGUUAAAUGGGGAGGAUGUUUGCUUUGGAGUUAACCUGGCCCUCCUAAUUCACGAAUGUUAUACAUGUGGCUGACAAUGGAGAAUAUCAGAACGGAGAAGAUGAUAGUAAUCCAGAACAGGCAGAAGUUACCAUCUCUUGGAUGUCUCCCUCAUUAAAUGAAGCUACAGCAGCCACAAUGCCUGAUACGCAGCACUGGCACUUGUGCAUGUAGUGCACAGUGAGAGGUUAUCUCUAGGCUGAAAAAUGAGCACCUCUUACUGGAAGAUGCUCAUUAUCAAUCUAGCUGCUAUCAGCCAUUAUAAAGCAUCCUCAUUCUCCAGCAAAUUGUUAAACAAAUGUUUACUAGAGCUGCCUGACAAAUACUGAGAGCCAUGUAAUCCUCCAGACAUCAGGAAAGACACCAAAAAUGAAUAUAAAUUUUCCUUCAUGACCUAACAGGAUCUACACUUUCCUCUUACGCUUAGCCAGGCAUAGUCAGCCUAUCUUUAAAAUCAGGACUGCACACAGCUGUGUUGCACUUAGUCUGUACUAAAAGGCCACAAGAGCACGAGCUAAAGAUCUUCUUGAUAGGUGCCAGAUGUCUUAGCAGCAGCUCUUGUGCCCUUGCUUGGACGUGGAUGACUCACACACUGGCAAAUGCCUUGUAAGCAUUAGUGAGACAGUCUCAAAUAUACCUCUUCCUAAGUACAAGCAGAGAUGCUUUGAGCUCAAGCUGCAGCAGAGCUAACGUCCAGGGUGAAAUGGAUUGUGGAUAUCUCCUGCUCAGAUCCCAUGUGAAACAGCCACCACUCCUCAGACUUACCAGGGAUCCCCAGAUGUGCUCCAGCACAAGCUUCCGCCUUGCAGAUGCAGCAGGGCUGAGCCACUGGGACCAGCAGAAGCAGGGCCCAUUGUCAGAGCACGGCUGGUGAGCACCCUUCCUCGUGCUCCUGUCAAGAGGGCUGAGGUAGGAGCUCCACUGCUGCAGCAGGAAGGUCACUGCCAUCGUAACAACGCUAAGGAAAAGGCAAGUGACUGCAUCUCAGAACUGUAAUUUUGUCUCAAUCCUUCCAGGUCAACAUUUUCACCACUCUGGACUGGAUAACACACUGUGGUUCUUCCGUUUCUAUUUUUGGUUAGCUCAGCACAGUGAAUUGUAAGCAGGCUGGCUGUGCUCACUGUCUGCCAGCACAAGCCAGCCAAUCUAGUGCAAAAUCUCAUUACCAGUCUUUUAUUUUCAACUCAGUUAAACUCUAUUACCUCUCAGGUCCGCCAAAGUGCUUUUCUGCCUCUGUAGAGGAACAGUCUUUUCCUCCUGGAAAGCACUCGUAUCCCAUUCAGUCCUUUUUUGUGCAUGUACGUGCACAUCCAAGGGAGGGGUGGGAGGAAGGAGCAGCUCCCCUAAGAGACAAACAUCCAUUUCUCUCCCUAAGCUGGAAACCUAUUUAAAUCUGCUUGCUGGGAAUCAGCCCUUCAGCCGCUUCCCAAGGCCCCACGAGCAGGGUGAGCAGCUCUGCUGAGGCUUUAAAGGGCCUGGGCAGCCCCUUGCCUCGGGGGCUUAGCGUUCCCCACCCCGCAGCCAGCUGCCAGCCAGCUGUGCCAGGCCAUGCCAAUGUGGGCUGCAGACAUCUGUGCGGAUGGUCUGCACUGUGUGGGUGCUCUGCUUCUUCAUGGAAAUGAGCAGCCAAAGCAUUCUGGCAUUUCUGAAACCAAAUAUAGGAUGAGUAGAUUGUUUUUCAAUGGAAAAAAGAUGAGUGAAAUGUUUUAUGGAAAAAAAAAAUUGCUUUCAAAUUAAGCAAAGGAAGACUUUGUCAGAUGCUUUUUUAAUUCUUGAAAGAAAAUCUACUCUAAUUUGGCUGACUUUUAGGGUAUUUCAAUUCUCAGUUCACAGAGACUCUUGCUACUUCUUGAAGGUUAAGAAUGUCCCAGAGCAAACUCAUGCCUCUUGCAACUAUGCUCCUGCUUGUGCAUCAUUCCCACGGCUCAGUAAGGCUCCAACCCCUCUCAGCCUCUUACCUGGGCAUGCACUCUCCUCACAAAGCCACCACACGUGCUGCAGCCUAGGGUGACGUGAUGAGGACAGAAUUUCCCAGUGAUGGCUGUUUCCAGCUGCUACUCACAUAGCCAGGGCCAAGUAACGAUCUGAGAACAGGGACACUGCCCUGCACCCCCAGUGACCUCCCUGCUGGCAUCUAGGCAAUGGGAAGGAAGGAGGAAACUGUCCUAUUUAGAGGCAGGAGAUCAAGAGGCAGACCUAAGGAGAACCAGCAGAGUGCAGGAAGCAGGAGGAUGUGGGAUGACAACUGGGAUCUGUGCAUCUGUUCCAGGGUGGCUCCUCCAGGUCUUGCAGUGCAAUCUUUCCGUGUUCAGUAUGCACAACUGGGUAAUCAUGCUGCUGGAUGCAGUUUGAUGCUAGAUAAAAGCAGAGAGGUUUGGGUAGCUGUAUAGCUCUUGAUUGAUUUUAAUCUACCAAUAAUAAUAAUAACGGUGAGAUAAAUGUGGCACAAUCUGCUGUGGAUGAAAUCUUUUACGGGUGACAGCAUUCACUACAUGACUUGCAGAUAAUGGUUAUUAUACCUAGCACUGCCUUCUUGGCUGGACUCAUGUUCUUAUUUUGGAAAUAGUUCCUGAUCUUUCUCCUCUGACCAAUGGGUAGGACCAUGCCCAUGAAUACUCAAGCCAGGCUGAUCCUCUUACUCCGGAUUGCAUUUAACAAAAACUCCAGCUGGCUCCAGGCUUUCUGUGUAUGUAAACACGUUAGGCAGCACAGACUUUAGCGUACCUGGUGCUGGUUUUAGAAUCACAAAAUCCUAGAAUGGCUUGGGUUGGAAGGGAGCUUAAAGAUCAUCUGGUUCCAAGUUCCUGCUGUGGGCAGGGACACCUCCCACCAGACCAGGUUGCCCAGGGCCCCAUGGGCAGGAAAGCAUCUUUACCUCUGUCUGCAGUGACCUACCAAUAUUUGAGCUCAUGCCAGCCAUUCAGUAGUUACUGUCAUUCAAGGUCAACCGGGUACUAUCAGCAUUUAAGAAUCUCUUUCAUGUAGUGCUUUGAGGCUAGGUUGCACCACGGGUUACUCCAAGGUGUGGUCAGCUACACAUUUCCCUUUCUCUUGACAGCCAGUUCUUAACAUACUUAACAAAUGUCAUCCUGCUGAUGUUUCAUCCUGGAUGGAAAUCUGACAAAACAUCACCCACAAGACCAUGCUGGGGCUGGAGCCUGUCCUGCUCAGGGCCCACGUGGUUGCAGCUCAGAGCACUGGGCAGGGUGGAUGAAAAGUCUUCCACCUGUCUGCCUUCUGCAGCUUCUGUCAGGUCCUGGGAAUCCAGCUCUGCAGCACAGAGUGAGUGUGAAGAUGGACAGGUGGUGCUGGCAUUUCUCUUCCAGUUUCUGUAGCAAUUACAGCAUUAUAUCAUCAAAUCUGCAUACUAAGCUAGAUUAAAAGCACCAACUGAUUUCAGCGUGUGGUUCCUAGGACCUUUUUUCAGUUGGUGGUUAACCUGGGGUUAUGUAUCCCCUUGUACGCUCAAAGAGCAGUGCCUGCACACCUCAGUUACAGGCAUCUAAGGCUGUCUGCAAACCAAACCCUGGGUUACUGAGUUGGCACCAAGAUGAGGGAUGUGAAAUUAGAGACUAACAUUAAGCACUCCUCUGCUAGAACAGUCCAGCAGAAGCAGAGCAGACUGCAGUUCUCCAGGGAUCGCAGCCUGCUAUCCUAAUUGUAAAACAAUCCUGUUUCUUCACGCAGUUCCCUGUAUCAUCCACUAUUCAUUUCCCAA